UUUAGCGCUUUUCACAUGUUUUGAAAAUAUAUCAUGAGUUUGUUGUCAAAAUGCUGCUUAAUUACAAGGAUUAGAAAUGAAAAACACUAAAGAGCAUUGUCACUUAAUAUUUGUUAACAAGUCUGUUUACACGUGAUUAUUUGAUUUGAGGAAUGAACUGCAGAACCUCUCAUCAAACUUUGAGAUAAAAUUUUGAGUGUCAAGAAAAUUAUGUUGAUUUAACGCCAUCUAGUGGUGGUUUUAAUUACCGCCAUUUUGGAUUAGUAGCAGGUGCAUUGUUCUGCAGGAUGAUAAAUGACCUAACAUCAGCCUGUUUACACGCGGUACCAAAUCUUGGAGUAGAUGUGCAAUAUGACUGGGAGGCACGUCACGGUAACAUUGCAGCUGUUGAUAAUGGCGGCUAUAUUGACGACUUCCACGACUACACUCAUCUUGAUAGAAAGUUGAUCAUUCGCAGGAGACCUCCUCCACUGAAGAUUGAACCUCCAAAACAAGCAGGUGUUCCAGAGUCCACUCCCUCACCUAGUAUCAAGAAACUGGAAAGCAUUGUCAACAAAACUGCCAAAUUCUCACCAAAGACCCCAGGAGAUACUCCUCCCAUAGAGUCUAUUCUUGUGAAAAAUCAUCGUCUUUUGACAAGUAUUGGAAAAAUCAACAAACCCCCUGGAGCGGUGACAAAUGAUUUAUCUCCUGCAAAGGCUACUGAUAGACUUCAGAACUUGAUUGCUAGUGUCAGCAGGCGACUAACUCUUGAACAGGAUGUACUCAAAGAUUCAGGGACAGAUUCUGACACCCCUGUUGAGCAAUUAGAAACCCUUAUAGCCCCUGAAGUGCAAACUGAAGCCCCUGUAGCACACAUAGAAAGUUCACCAAGUGUUGAGGCCAAUGAUGCAGUGAAUGUAGUGACUCAGUUGAUUGAGUCCAGGAACAUAUCUUUGGAUGACAUCAAUGUUGAUAGAAUUAUGUAUGUCAAUGAAGAUGAAGAAGUUACCCUUCAGCCAAAUGAUGACCAUGAAGAAACAGGAUCUCUGACUGGAGAAUUAGACUUUCUCAUGAACCCUAUUAUUAUCAACCAGCCCAUUAUAAAUGACAAUGGAGAAGAAGUAUAUAUAGAUGAAGAAAAUGAGGAUGUAGAGGGAAUAGCACCAAGAUGUGAUACAGUAGAAGUGGAGAUUAACAAUGAAAUUCAUGAUGAAGUCACGGAUAUUGUAACUUUUGAUAAUAUUGAACAGUACGAUUAUGAACAAAUGUUGAAGAACCUUGACACCAGUGCUGUUAAAUCUGAAGAAUUCAGAUACAAAAAGAUUCCUAUGGAACAUGUUGAACAAACAAUUGUAGAUUUAGAAGUGGAAGCUAAAAAUUUAGAACUUGAACGAUUUGCUCAACUUACUGGCCUAAAAUUGGGCAAGAAGUAUGGGAGACAAAAGUCUGAAGAUGUCAAACCAAGGCAAAGAAAGCCAUACACUAAGAAGCGAAAACGAAAUGAGUCAUUAGAAUCCAAUACUCCAUUAAGUCAAACAGAGCACUCAUAUGGAGGUAAAAUCAAUAAUGAACAGUUCGGAUUUCCGAAACAUUUUACUAAUCUUGCUGAUGAUACCAGUACACCUGAAGUUAUUGAUAAGUUUGGAAAGUCAUAUCGGAUUAUCAGAACUGAGAUGACUACUCAGGGUAAAACUCUCCACAGGAUUAGGAUUUCACCAAUUGAAAAAUCUGAAGCUAAGCCAACACAAAUCACAUCCCGGAAUAAUUCUCUAAGUGGUAGUUUUACAGAGACUAACUUUGAAAAAGAGGCAGUAGUCUCACCAAUAUCUGCAUCUAAGAACCUAGAAAUGUCCAGGUCAUUACUUACUAAUCAACUCAACAAAAACUCUGGAAAUGAUCUUCAAACUAACUCCCAAAAGGAGGAGGAUAUUGUACAGAAUAUUGUUGACCAUUUGAUCAAUACUGUUGAAGAUGAAACUGUUGAGGAAUAUGAGAAAGAACAAAGUAUUGCAGAGGAUAAUGCCAAGAAGAGGAAUAUUAUUGAGGACAUUGAUGAUGGUAUCAAUGACCAUGAAGACCUUGAUAAAUAUAUGGACCACAGUGAAAAUCAAAAUGAAAAAGUAGAGAAUAAUUCAAUGAAUAGUGUACAUAAUAAUACUGCAAUUGAAUCAAAUAAUGAUGAAAGAACUAUAGAGCCUAUAGACCAGUUACAUGGUGCUCAUUCAAUACUGAAUGGAGACAUUCCCUCCACAAACUUUAAUCAGUUGGCAAGCACUGAUAAUAGCCAGAAUUUACAAUUGCUUGCCAAGGACCCUGAAACAAUUGUUAAUUCACAAGUAGGAAAUCACUCAAGUAUUCCCUCCAAUUGUGAUAAUAAUUUUGUCAAACAGUCUGCACAUGCCAUGGAUGAAAGUGAUACUCAGGUCGUUGAGCAAUUCCCUAAUAAUUCCACAAUAAACAAACUGAAUCUUCAAACUAUAAAUGAUUCUAUGGAGGAGAAUAUUGGAAAACAAUAUCUCCACAAUACUGCGAUGGAUAAGCAGAAUCCCCACCAGAUGAAUAACAGCUUAAAUACUGGUGAUAAAUCAUACCCACACAACACAAGUAUGGACAGUGAUAAGAUCCUUGAUGACAUUGAUAACAUUACAAACCAAGAUUCUGACCAGUAUAUCUAUGAGUUAGCCUACUGCAACAUUAGUGAUGAUGACAGUGAAGAAAAAGAUGUUGUGUUUGAAGAUGAACUUGGCAUGGAAGUUUCUUAUGGUGAAGACCCCUCAGAGGUUCCCUGGACAAUGGCUGAUCUCUAUGUAGAUAAAAACACCUUCAGAAGAUCUCAAAAACGCUCCUCAAAAUCUGUAUGGGAUAAAUUAGCUAGUUAUAAAACUGGGACUCCUGAUGGCACACCAGCAGCCCAUCGACAUAACACCCGUUUCAGGAAAUCUGUAUCUAAAGAUGCUGAUGAGAAACCAAAACCUAGUGAUGAGCCUACAACCAGUACCCCUGUACGACUUAGUGAAUCCAGUCCUAAUCUCUCAGACCUGAAGAAUAAAAUGUCACUAAGUUUGUCUCCUAAGAAGACACCAGCUGGCCUAAUCCAUCUUGCACGCACACCCCCUAGAGGAGAUCUAAUGUCCCCUGAAGGAGACCAUAACAGAUCCCUUGAUAUCAAUAGCCUUGAGCCCAGCAUAGGGUUCGACCUUGGCCUUGAUCUCAAUUUUGACCUUGACAUGCUGAGUGACCUUGAAAUGAACCAGAUGGAAAAUAUCAACAAUCCCAAUAAAACUCCCAAAGAAAGAUCACUCAGUUUAUCUCACAGCCCUGCAAGAGAUUCCAAACCUACAAAGCCAAAAGUAGAAAAAGACAAAAAUCCUAUUGUUGAAAAGUUUAGUAUUGCUGGCUGGUUCAUCUGGCCAUAUUUAAUAGAUCAUACAUAUGUUGAUUAUGAAAGACCUAUUUUUAAAUCUGAUAUAAAGAAGAAAAAAGUUAAAGUGCCAUCUGUGCCAGCAACGCCAACAGCUGUGCCAGCAACCCCUGAAUUGAAACCAGAACCCCCAAAGGAUGAAGAUGAGGAGAUUGAACCAAGGUUGUCAUUUGAUGUGCUACAUAUCCAUGACGAUGAGUGCCAUCCAUUCCAGGACAUUGAAAUCUUCAAUAGCAGAAUGGAUAGCAUACAUGUGGAGGAAAAGGAUUAUGUGAGACUCAUCCAUGCUUAUGCCUCUAAGAAGUGCAAGUUCAGAGGUUGCAAGUGUAAGAGCAAGCAUUUCCACUGCAAGACACCUGGAUGCAAAUACAUGAGCCUACAGAAAGUACGUCUACUGAAACAUGAGAUUGUUCACAAGAAGAAGGAUGUUGCUUAUAAGCCUACUAUGCAGGAGUUCACAUAUCAACAGGGAGACAACAUGACCUGUGAACCUGGGUGCCGAUUGGCUAAAAAACAGCGGCCUCAUUACCAUUGUAACCAUUGUGACUGGAAAACACCCAAGAGCCAGAUGUCCUACCCUAAGAUCUCAAAACACUUGUUGAAAACACAUAAAUGGAAACUGCAGGGAGAUUAUGAGGAUUUUAAACCUGAGACUGAUGAAUACUUACAAGAGGAUAUUCCUGAAUUUGAUCCCAGUGCUAUAGACAAUGAUCCCACAUUUGAGGGUUCUCCUGAUAAGCAGCCAGUUGAGGAACAACACGUGCCACAGAUUAAAGAGGAGGAAGAUGUACUUACUGAUGUUAUCCCUGAGAGGAACACAACUAUAGAUGAGACAACCAAGACAAUAAAAACAGUAGUGGGAGAUAAAGUAAUAGUGAGGAUGAAACGCAAACGUGGAAGGCCAAAGGGAUCCUUAAAAGAUCCAAAUAAAAUAUAUCCAGUGAAGAAAAUUAAAAAGGAGAAAGUGGAAAAGAUCAAAGUGAAGAGGGAGAAAAGAGAACCCAAAAUGCCUGACAAGGGAGGUGUGACAAUCCCAGCUGGUAUGGAUGUGAACAAAACUUUACAGGAGAAAGGUCUGAGGACUGAGAAUGAGAAAAAGAAAGAGCUGAAAGUUCCAAUCAAAGCUCCACCAAAGAAGGUGGCUGACAGUGAGACAGAUGACUCAGGUGAUAGUUCAGAUAGCGAGGAAGAUGAACCAAAGAAAGCUAAACCUGAGGAACCUGCAGAGUCCGAGUCUGAGUCAUCAGAUGAGGAGAAAGAGCCUGACUUUGAAGACAUUGAGGAUGAUGGAACAAAUGCUGAACUGGGAGGCGAUGAUUGGGAACCUUGGGCAGUUAGGAAAGAGAGAAAGAAGAAGGAGUGGGAAGUUAAACAGGCAGCAGCUGCUGAAAAGAGGAAAGUCAGACAGGAAGCAAAGGCGAAGAGAGCAGAAGAGUUGAAGCAGAAAGAACUGGAAAAACAGAAGGAAAAGGAAGAAGUUAACGCGAUCAAGAAAGUGAAAAAGAAGAAAAAGAAAAACAAGGCCUGUAAGGAAGGCGACCAGAAACAAGAUGUUAACACAGAUAAAGAUAAAAAUGAAAGUAACGCUUCUAAAACAACUGACAAGACUAACAUUCCAAAAAUCCUGAAAAGAAAUAAGUCAAAAAUUCUAAAUUCUAAAGAAAGUUCACCAAAAGUUGUAACUCGGAAACCAGUUAAAAAUAAGACCAUGCAUUAUACACUGAACAGAGUCCCGAUGAAUAUUGAUAAAAAUCAAGGGAUUCAAAAGCGACUGUUGGGAAUCCAACAAUCUGGAACUGCACUUUUAGUGGCCCCUGUUGCCGUGCAGGAUGUCAAAAUAAGGAUCAGCUCUUCAAUAAAUAUCCCCAACCCUUGGAAUUACACUUCACGGAAAGUUAAACUUGAAGAAGGUAAAGAUGACUUCCUAACAGUUGUCCCAAGGACACAAAGAGAUGAUCUUGAAGUGAGAUACCUUAAGGAUGGCGCUGUGUACUGCUGUCAUAAAAGUCUUGAUGAAUGGUGUGACCCUUCAGAAGCCUUUGGUAAAUCUUUGAGUAAAUACAAGAUGGUGGAAAUGAACACCAAAAAGUUGAUUGAAAUAACCCUUGCAGAAAAAAAUAAGGUAAAACCUGAGGAUGAUAAGCCUCUAGAGUGGGGAUCACAAAACCGUGUUCUGCAAUGGAAGCCUAGUCAGAAACAAAUUGAGAGGCAAUUGCUUGCAGAACGCAAAAAAGCGGAAAAAGCGAUGAUUCUUCCCGAUAGUGAAAAAAUGACAAUGUCAUUUGAUGGUAAACAAAAGCAAAAAUUCAUGAAAUCUAAUCACCGGAGAACUAAUAGUAAUACAAUGACAUAUUUGAACCACAAUGACAUCCAAAGCUCAAUUGAAAAGAGCUCUAGCCCCUUAGUGCCAGCCUCCAGUGUUCCCUUUGUGAAGCCAAGAAAGCUUACUGUCAUCAAACCUAACAUACACGAUGGUCUUCAUACAGAUACUGGGUCAAUCCAACAUAUGGACAUUGCAGAUACAUCAAGGCAGACAUUCCAAGUUGUCCAAGAUGGGGAAAAGAAAAAUAGUGUUAGUUCCAAGAAUAUGUUGAGUGUGUACAGUUCGCCAAACAACCCCUGUAUAUUCCGAUUUGCUAUGACUGUUGAAGCAUGUGGAAAACAAUACAAACAUUUCCAUUGUAUUCUCUGUGGCUUCACAACUAAACUGAGAAUCGCAGCUUCCAAGCAUUCAGCUUGCCACAAGGUGUCCUUGAGGAAGGGUUUCUUCAUUGCUACCUCAAGCAAGAAGUCCUUACCUGCAGUGUUUUCAUGUGUUAUCUGCCAGGAAGUAUUCCCACCAGAGAAGGGUUCGCUCAAAAAAGCAAUCAGUCAUGAAGUUGAAGAAUGGGCAAAAAUGUGUGAGCAAGCAUAUGAAAUUAGAAGUCAGAUGUACCGUCGCUUGGUGACAUUUCUUAUGACAUCCUAUGUGAAAAGAGUUGACCAUAAUGCAGAAUCUACGUGUGACUUGGCUCCUUGUGCCUCCAAUCCAGCAAAGGCCAUACGCAAAACCCAUUUCCAUUGUUACAGAUGCAGCUUUGCUACUACCAUGAUCUUGUCUGCGCUGCAGCAUGUUAGGACAAAACACUUAACAAACUGGUCAGUUUACAACUUCUAUUACAAUGAAUUCCCUUCACUAUUUCAAGAGUGUAUAGAAAGAGAGAAUGAUGCUGCUACACACACGUCAUUGAGUGAUGAUGUCACAAUGGCAGGAUCAGAAGAGCUGUUCACCCGUUGCAAACAGACUGAUUGUGGUGGAGACAUGUGGGGAAAUGUUCAUUUCCAUUGUAACUUCCCAAUGUGCAGCACAUGGACUCAGCAAGAGAUGCUGAUGAUGGAACACAUCAACAGUAUACACAUGGCCACCUCACUAGUGAAUGACGCUGAGGAUAAUGAUGACACUAUGGUGGACCUGACAGGGGUACAAAGUGAUGACACUGGGGACAGUCGUGAUACAGAGGACACUAUGCCUUUAGGGCAGAGGAUAAAGAAGUUGAAGAAAAAAUCUCAGUUGAAACCCAAACAGAAAAUAACUCUGAUUGCAUCAAAGCCUGAACUGGAUAUUGGUGUAAAAGAUGAUGUUAUGAAACAUUCUGAAACAUCUGUGAAUGACAGCACAAAUAUCAAAGAAAAUGAACUCAAUGCAGAGCUCAGUGAUAAUGAUCGCAAUAACCUGUCAAAUGAUGGUAAUGAUCAUGAGUGCAGUAAUGAAAAUGAAAGCAAUGAGACUGUUGGAGUUGAGAAUGUGUCAGAUGAUGGUGCAGAACAAAGCAAAGAGACCAUCACACACCACACAAAGGUCACCAGUGUUGAAUCUCCAGCUAAAGACAAGAUUGAGUUCAUGAAACUCACUGCUUUGAAUGAAGAUGAACAAUCGGAAAGUGAAGAUGAAUCAGACAUUGAUGCUGGAUCAGAUAAUGAUCCUGAAUCAAAUGAUGGUGCUGAUUCAGAUAAUGAUGUUGAUUCAGAUGAUGAGGUUGAAACAGAUAAUGAUGCCAAUUCAGAUAAUGAUGCUGAUUCAGAUAAUGAUCCUGAUUCAGAUAAUGGCGCUGAAUCAGAAAAUGAUGCCGAAUCAGAUAAUGAGGGUGAUACAGAUAAUGAUGCUGAUUCAGAUAAUGAUGCUGAUUCAGAUAAUGAAGUUGAAUCAGAUAAUGAUGCCAAUUCAGAUAAUGAUGCCGAUUCAGAUAAUGAUGCUGAUUCAGAUAAUGAUGCUGAAUCAGAUAAUGAAGUUGAAUCAGAUGAAGAUGGAGAUGGAGAAAAAAAUGAAAAUGAUUCAAAUCAUUCAGAUAUUGAUGCUGUCGAUGAAUCGGAUAAUGAUGAAUCAGACAAUGAACAUGAACGAAACAAUGAUGAUGAUUUAGAUGACGAUGAUAUAUUGGAUUAUGAUGAUGAUGAACAAUCUGUCAUUGAUGAGGAUUCUGAAAUGAAAGAAGAAUUUGAAACAAGUGACAUGGAGAUUUCCUGAAUAAGGCUACUACAGUAUAUAAUGUGUACAGAAUAUAUGAAAGUAUAUCAUGUAUACAAAAUGUAUGAAAGUAUAUCAUUUAUACAGAAUAUAUAAAAGUAUAUCCUGGAUACAGAAUGGAUGUAUAUGAACAGAUGAAAAUGCAUGCAUUAGCUGUACAAGUAUAAAAUGAAAGAAUAAGAAUUGGCACUUUAAUCAGGCUUGAAAGGUCCAAGAAAUAUGUUUAAUAAGUAUAAAUAAAAAUAAAAAGUCUUUGUAUUAAGAGUGUAAUGUUUCAUUCAUUACGCAAUGUGACAUUUAUGAAUUAUGUUGUAUAAAAAUAUAGAUAUUUUAUGAAGGCUUUAUUGAAAAAAUAUUGUUUUGCUUGUGUAAAGUCAAUGUACAGUAGGUGAUAUACAAUCAUGUAUUUAGAAACUGCUUGCUUUGAACAUGUCCGCCUCAUGUUAUUAUCGAUCAUGUUGAUCUGGAAACUUCUGAGUAACUGACAUUCAUGUAGAGAGUAUACAAAAUGCCUGUGUGUAAAGCCCAACAUUAACAAAUGGAGUACAGUGAGACCUUUAUCGACUUAUCAUUGUCGAAGACAUUGUAAGACUUUGUGAGGCUGCACAGGUCUAUCUUUACCCUAUUAGCAGAUUAGUGUUCAUUGGGAUUAGAUGAUAAUUUUACAACAAAAUACAUAACUGGGGAGGGGGUGAAAUGCUCUUUUACUUAAAUGAUGCCAUGAAUGUUUGGUUAUUACCAGAUUUUUGAUCACAUUUAAUUUUGCUGUUUUGUAUAUUCAAAAUGUAAAUUUUUGUGGAUGUUGUUAUCUUGGCUCAGAUGCAAUUUUUGAAGAGAGUGGUCCAACAAUAAUCUAACAGGAGAAAUAUUUGGCCAUACAUCUAACACAAGCACAAAUGAAUACAAAUGUCCUAAAUCUUAAAAUCAAACAUUGCAUUCAACCAUUUUAUAUUUUUAUUGAACAGUUGAACAGUAAUUUUGGCAUCAUCUAAGUAAACGAGCUAUGAACAUUUGUAUGAAAAUUGUUCGCAUUACACAAUACAUGUAUGUUCAUAGUAGAUUGAGUGUAAUUGUAAUUCACAUUAAAAUUUGGAUCUAUCAUGUUGACUUGUUGAGAAGCUAUAUUGUAUGAUAUACAGAAUCUAUUUUUAAUACAUGUAAAUGAUUCAUUUAAAUCAGAACCAAGAUUUGCUGGUAAUUUGGUAAAGUGUUAAUUUAUCAGUAGAUGUGUGUAGAUAUUCUUGAUAAUGUGUAUAGUAAGAUUGGCAAUAUAAAAAAAAGAAUGGAAAAGUGUAGACAUUUUCCAAUGUUGGAGACUUGGUUUGACCAAUCCACUAACUAAAAAGGAACUAUAUCUCAGAAUAUAUAAGCGUGGUUUAUAUUGUCUGAAAUAUGUUAUGUGGAGUCCGCUAAUUACGUUUCUUCAAUUUCACACAUUUCUCAGUUUAAAUAAACCUGAGGAUGAAAAAAGUAUGUUGUUGGAGACUUGAUUCUUCAUGUGAAAAUUAUGAUAUGGCAAAGCUAUCUGUACUCUGCUUAAUUGAAAUGUGUAAUUGUACAUAGUGUUCUCUGUAAAUGCCCAUAGGAGGGUCAUACAAUUAUGGUGUAAUAAAUACAUAAAAAGAGACUCUAAUAUUUAAUUGUCGAUCUUUGAUUGUCUUUGAGCAGUUGAGAAUGAUUUAUAAAUUCCUGAUAAGCCUGAUCUCUGCUUAUUCUGCUCAGUGAAUUUUGUGCAUAAAUGUCAUUAUGCUUUAUCCACUCUAUAUAGCUGGAAA